UAUCGAUCUGUACAGAUCGAUGCCUCCCCGUCAUCGAAGAAGCGUGAGACGUGUUUGUCAUGUGUCAUGCAGUCUCGCUGGCGGUCAGCUGACAAAUCCGUUUCGCUUGUGAUGUGAAGUUCUUGUGUUUGGCGCGUCUACCCGCGUUUCUUCGUACUUACGUCGAAUGAAUGCCACGCUAUGCUUCACCCAGGAGGAUCAUGGCCGUCGUUAACUCGGUUCUGAAGCUGUUGCAGAGGCAGACGUACACCUGUCUGUCUCACCGGUACGGGCUCUACCUCUGCUUCGGGGGACUGGUGUUAAUGAUUGUUUCCGCCUUUCAGUUUGGAGAGGUGGUGGUAGAGUGGAGCCGGGAUCAGUAUCAUGUGCUGUUCGACUCCUACAGGGACAAUUUGGGUGGGAAAUCAUUCCAAAACAGACUUUGUCUGCCUAUGCCUAUUGAUGUUGUGUACACAUGGGUCAACGGGACUGACUCUGGCCUGCUGAAAGAGCUGAAGGAGGUCAAAGAACAGCUGGAAGAGGAGCAAAGAGCACUGAAGGAACGUCUGGGAAAAAACAUGAACAACACAACAGAAGUGCCAAAAGAUAGUGUUAAGCCCGAGUGCCUGCUGUCCCACUGCAUCGUGGCGCCCAUGCUGGCGCUGGACCCCGCCCUGCCAGCCAACAUCACGCUUAAAGAGUUACCGACGGUCUCUGCUUCCUUCUCCGUCGCCAAAGGGCUGAUGAUCAUGUACAAACCCUUCCACCCCCCCACCGCCGUCUCUGUGGUCGUCUUCCAGUCGCAGGCUGACGCUGAUAAAGCCUACACAGAUUUGUCUAAAGGAGUCCAGAAAUUCUCCGUGUCCAGAUGUUACCUGACGACAGAUAAAGAGGCUCCAGGUCUGAUCCGCAUGCAGUCUUUGGCCUAUCUGAGCGGCUUCCCCUCAUCGUUCAAGGAGAAGGAGCAGCUGCGGGUCAAACUUCCUUCAGUCGUUACCAGCAAGAUUAAAGAGUUUGAGUUGUACUCUGAAGCCAGUAUCGCUCUGCUCCAUCUGAGAAGCCCACAGGAUUUCACCGAUCUGACCCAGCAGGCUAAGAAGAACCUGACGCUAGAUGGGAAAGAGUUAACAGUUAGCCCCGCCUACUUGUUUUGGGACCUCACUGCUAUUUCACAGUCUAAACAAGAUGAAGAUGUGUCAGCAAGCCGAUUUGAGGACAAUGAGGAGCUUCGCUAUUCGCUGCGCUCGGUUGAGAGACACGCCCCCUGGGUGCGACACAUCUUCAUCGUCACUAAUGGCCAAAUACCGUCCUGGCUCAACCUGGACAACCCCAGGGUUACAGUUGUCACACAUCAAGAUAUCUUCUUGAACACCAGCCACCUUCCCACUUUCAGCUCUCCUGCCAUAGAGACCCACAUCCAUCGGAUCCCAGGACUCUCCCAGAGGUUUAUUUACCUUAAUGACGAUGUGAUGUUUGGAGAAGACGUCUGGCCAGAUGAUUUCUACAGCCACUCCAAAGGACAGAAGGUGUACCUGACUUGGCCUGUUCCCAACUGUGCAGAGGGCUGCCCAGGAUCCUGGAUCAAAGAUGGGUAUUGUGACAAAGCUUGUAACAACUCUGCUUGUGACUGGGAUGGAGGAGAUUGCCUGGGGGCAGGCGCGAAUGGCCGGUUCCCUGCAGGUGUCGUUGGACAAGGUGGAGGUGGAGGACAGGUGUGGCAGUUUGCCGCUGGUCUGGGAGGCAUCGGAGGGACGCUGUACUGCAAUCAAGGCUGUGCUAACUCAUGGCUGGCAGACAAGUUCUGUGAUCAGGCCUGCAAUGUGCUCUCCUGCGGAUUUGAUGUAGGCGAUUGUGGCCAAGAGCACUUUGGAGAGCUGCACCGUGUCAUCCUUCGCAGGAACCAGACUCUGUACGUUCUUCCUCUGGGAGAGACCAAACCGUAUUUCAGCUUUGAGAAGAUAGCUCGCCGAAUCUCCGAGGCUCACGUCAGCGACAACCCAGUGGUCCGCCACACAUCCGUUGCCAACAAGUGGAAGACCAUUCACCUGCUGAUGCACCCCGGCCACAACGCCACCCAGAUCCAGUACAACAUCACCUUCCAGAGAGACGAUGAGACCGAGUUUGUGAUGAGCUUUAGUGUAGCUGUCGACACACGGGAGGUUUCUCCAGCCAAUGCAUCCGACACCGCCAGCAAAGAGGCCGGUAAAGAGGCCACACCGCCCUCCACUCCUGAGCCCGUCUUCCCGUUCUCAGAUAUCCCCAAGGAAAAACAAGGACCACAUAUAAAGAGGAGACAUCCCGUUGAACCCGAGGCUGUCGUAGAGGUCCCGUCUUUAAACGUGUCCCUUUUACCUGCUGUCGUUCGCGGUGAGCUUCAGAAGCUGGAGGAAAAGCUUUUGUCCGGUGACAUUACUGUGAAAGGUUAUAACUUCACCAAGGCUGAACUUCUAAAACCUUUUACAUUCCUGGCUGAAAAGCAAGAGCGCAUCCGCUUUCAGGGAAACCCCAAUAACGAUUUUAAAGAAGUGCAGCUGAAGGGAAAAGUUCCCACAGAAGCUGGAAAUGUUUCUAAACAGUCAAAGAAGGAAAAAUCCAAGAAAGCUGUGGGUAAACCGAGCACUCCUCUCAUUCCUGUCAACAUUGAUGGCAAUUUGAACGAUUUUGUAAGUCCUGCAGUCGAGAAACCCAAGACUUCCAAACUUUUAAGCAGCAUCUCCCAAAAGAAAAAAGCAGAGAUUGGGAGUGAGGCGGCCAACGCUCCUCCGGUCAGACGGAGGCUCCAGCACUUCAUCUCCUCAGACCGAGGCUUCCUGCCAUGGGAGAGAAGGAAAUAUUUCCAGUCCUUACUUGAGGAGGAAGAGCGUCUUCAGAGCGAGCUGUCGUAUCAGACAGAUCCUGCUGCUACGUGGCGAAAGCUGCAAGACACCUUUGCUGAUUCGCUGCGCUACGUCAACAAGCUGCUCAACAGCCAGUUUGGAUUUGUGUCCCGAAAGGUCCCAGCGCACAUGCCUCACAUGAUAGACCGUCUCAUCAUGCAAGAGCUGCAGGACACAUUCCCGGAGGAGUUUGACAAGACGUCAGCCCACCGUGUUCGCCACUCUGAGGACAUGCAGUUUGCUUUCUCCUACUUUUAUUUCCUCAUGAGCGCUCAGCAGGAGCUCAACGUCACAGAUGUGUUUGAUGAGAUCGACACCGAUCACUCGGGCGUUCUGUCGGACCGCGAGAUUCGAACUCUUGCUACGAGGAUACACGACCUUCCUCUGAGCCUCCAGGACUUGACUGGUCUGGAACAGAUGCUGAUCAACUGCUCUAAGACACUCCCAACUAACUUGACUCAGCUCCACCUGGUCAGCCCCACUCAGGAAGCCUAUUAUGAUCCGAGCAUGCCUCCCGUCACUAAAGGCCUGAUUCUCCACUGUAAGCCUAUCACCGAACAGAUACACAAAGCCUUCAAAGACCAGAAUAAAUACAAGUUUGAAAUAAUGGGAGAGGAGGAGAUAGCUUUUAAAAUGGUGCGAACCAACGUCUCCCACGUGGUCGGACAGCUGGACGACAUCCGAAAGAAUCCCAAAAAGUUCAUAUGUCUGAACGAUAACAUUGACCACAGCCAUAAGGAUGCAGCCACAGUGAAAGCAGUGCUGAGGGAUUUCUAUGAGUCCAUGUUCCCGCUGCCGUCCCAGUUUGAGCUGCCCAGAGAGUACCGCAACCGGUUCCUGCACAUGGAGGAGCUCCAAGAAUGGCGCGUGUAUCGCGACAAGCUCAAGUUCUGGACCCACUGUGUCCUGGUGACGCUGGUUGUCUUCACUGUGAUGUCCUUUUUUGCAGAGCAGCUCAUCUUGCUAAAGAGAAAGCUGUUCCCAAGACGCAGAGUGACUGGCAACCCUGAGCGGGUGUGAAAGAGGAAGACCGUCUUCUCUGUUAUGAAAUUCACCCUUCUCUCUUUUUCUGAGUGGAUCCAAACUUGUUUUCAUUGCGGAAACGGGAGGCAAAAGUCCUGCAUUCAGGGUUGAUUCAGAACAAACUGAGGCUCCUGUCAGACUGAGACGGUUAUAGCUGGGUUCUGGCAACUGAAGGAGAAAAAAACCAGACAGAAAGUCCAUCUAAAUCUCUUUUUUUUCUUAACAGGGACCGUUAGAAAAUACUUCUUGCAUCCUCUUUUCUCCUGUACCGCCUUUAUAAUCCGGCUUACAAAUGAACUUUUAAAGCUGUUGCAGGAGAUUUUUUUUUUAAAUUUAAAACUCCACAAACUGCAGCUAUAUUUUUAGUGGUGCCAACCAAUGAGUGUUUAUUUUUCUUCCUUUUUUGGUCAUCAAAUAUAUUGGAGUAAAAAAACAAACAAAAAUAAAAAAAUAUUCCACUUUUGAAUUUUUUUUGAUAUUUUUGAACUGUUAAUUGGAGCACCAUUUUUAGGUUUUAGGGUUCAUUUUAAGACAUGGAUAGGAAUCAUUUGCCUUUUUUCAAAAACAAGAUGACUUUAAGUGCCUUCAUUGUCUAUUCCUUAUUGUUUUUAGUGCUUUUUCUUAGUGACGUCUUAAACACGUCUGUGGGUUUACAAUAAGAAUGAAUGGGCAUCAGAAUAAUUUGAGGAUUAUUAUUAAAAUGGUACAGAUGUGAUUGUUUGAGCUACACGUAUUAGCCGCCUGCAUGUGUGUCCCCGUGGGACUCGACGGGCUCGCUGCUGUCUGAAAUUCAGACCUCCUCAGCAUGUCCUGUAACUUAUUUUGAUAGUAUUAUUGUGACAGCACCUCUUCUGAAUGCAGGAAUGUAGAAUUGUCCUCAUAAAUUGCUUGCCAUGUGUUUGAAAAUGUCUGUUUUUGGAGAACGACUACGAGAAGCUGUCAGCAUCUGGAAACAAUGGUUUGAGGUGAAGGAUCUGUCACUAAUGUCAAACGUGAGGCAGGCGAAAGCCUGCGUCUGGAAGUGAGGUUUCCUCGUGUUUCAUCUAAAUGGAAUAAAUGUCAUUUGGGUUAUUCA